AUGUUUCUUCGAUUCCUCCACCCGAACGGUGUCGAGAUUGAGAAGGAACUUACAAGCUAUCCUUUCAUUCAUGAUGUCGGGUUUAAGUAUCAUCCAGGCCAGACACCCCGUUUUGAAACCAAGGCCGUUCUUGAACACUGUGAACUUCUAAACCGCCUCUCAGAGGCACUCGACAACGUUGCGAGCAAGGCUCCACUAACUUAUCAGCGAGCCCACUUUACCAGCCAUGAAAAUCCACUUAUCCUCAUGGCUGCAGAACGCAGUGAGCGGAGACUGCUUGGUCAUGUGCUCAAAUUCGUAGAAGCAAAGUACGGUGCUCAUAUCAAAAUGCACCAGCAUCAACUUGAUCAUCUUCUGAGAAAUGGGGCAACGUUGGCUCUUACGAAACGCGCGAUGAGUUUGAUGCCUUUACCUUACAUCGAUAUCGCUAUCCUGCAAUAUUGUCAUAUGCUCUCCCCACUGUCUUACAUUGAUGAUAUCACGAGAAACAUCAACCGUAUUCAUGGCGAGGCUGACGCUCGAUACGAAAACCCACUUCCAAUAUCAGCGAUUCCUUUCCCGCUCUCAAAAAUCAUCGACCCUCAGAGCGGGGAUGGACCCAAUAACAGAGCUACCACACCCAAAAAUUUCGACUUGGAACCGCUUAAUGGCCGACAUCCUGAACCAGAUUACCUCCACUGGCCUAAGGGAGGUCCUAUGACCCAGGGGCAUACCCGACUUCUUGACGAACUUCCGGAACGUAUGGAGUGUACCCUUUGUGCUCGGGAUAUCUACUUCACACAAGAUAAAGGAGAGGCUUGGUUCUCGUUUCUAGAAGACGAAUUCGUUCUUUGUAGAUUCUGUGGGUGCUCGAACUCUCUUUCUACACUGAGAUGGAUGUCCCUUCGCGACGAUAUGGCUUCUCUACACGUUGCGAUAGAAUACUAUCGUAACCCUGAAGGUAAGAAACCACGAGAAUUUCCAGAGAUGCCUGGACGUUACACCCUCGGUCCAUUCCAUGGGCAACAUGCUAUUGAUAGGGUUCUCAGACACUCCAUUGGCGACCAUGGUUGGAGUAAGAUCCUAGAGAUAUUGGAAUAUAAACUGGGAUACGAAGAAGAUUGGGACGAAUUGAUGAAAUUGGUUAAAGCUAUCGAUGCCGACCUCCCUUCCACAAACUUGUACGACCAUGUUAUGACAUCGGAGUCUAGGACAUUCUGGCAGGAUAUGGUUACUAAAUACAAAUCAACUCUCAAUAUGGUUACGACGGUCGACUUCACCAAAUCAGUUGCCAAUUUACGCAAUUUCAUAGCAAGUGUUAGGCAUUUGUACGAUAUCUCGAAGGAUUCCGCUCCCGAAGUCGCGAAUACAGGUCUCAUUUCACAAACACUCAGUUAUCUCAGGCAUGGCAAGAAAGAAGACGGUAUCAACAAUCCUCUCCCUCAAGGAAUUGGACUUAAAUACGAACAAUUCAUGAAACUUAAAGCAAAACAUCCGGAUAAACCUCUCCUCCCAACCAUCGCAAUCGAGUUAGUCUGGCGGACCCAUCUUCUCUACCCAGCCUACUACAACCGCUGGUGCCUUGAAAUCCUUAACUGUCAGGUUGACCACUCCUUCGACAAACCAGAAGAAUACUCCUUGGAGCUUCUGACUGAACGCUAUGAAACCACCACUCACCUCUGGUGGAAGGAGUACUCCGAAGAAUACAUCUCACCCACGACUGAUUGGACCCAGCACUUCACCACUUCAAAUCCAUACUCAACCAACAUCACCCCCCCUUCCACUCGUGCAAACCUCACUACCGUCGAAGAGGAGCGUACUAAACGCCCGUACUGGGCCUGGGACCAUUCCCCUGCUGUCCACCUUCUCGACUCAGUCGAACAAGCAGAACUCUACCACACCCUCUUUCCGACUCCCCUCCACCGCCUCUUGGUCACAACAAAGCUCGUCUUCAACGCCUACACCCCAUUUUCAAAAUACAACCCGGCUACAAUAUGGGAUCCCAAAAUCUCACCCCUAGACACCUACCUUGAUCUCCACUGGGACGAUACAUUUGAAGAAUACAUCAACAUAAUAACCACCCAACCACACCUCACAGAUCUUUUUACUACCCAAGUAAAUUUAACGAUCCUCUGUACUGACAUCCUGUUCUCCCACCUAUCCUCCCCGCCAACAGACAUAACCCACAUCUUCCAGCCCCGCGACGUCGAAAAUGAUACCGGCGAAAUCCUCUACCAAAAGCGCCUCCUAAUGUGGCUCUGCAUCCGUCACUCACCGCUUCUUCAGCCAGGGUCAGGUGGCGGUAGACGAAUAAUUCUAUCAUUGAUGAAAUCACUCCAUUUCAGUGAUAAAAUGAAGUUCAGGGUUGAAAUUUCCCCAGCAGAUAUGGAAACCGCUAAAGUCAUCACUUUCCUUGAAACGCACUAUCUAGGUGCUAUCCAGCAGAUCGUUAGGAUUUGUGAUCCAUUAAUUGCGGGUUACAUCCCAGGUUUCUUUGAUAACUCUAUUCGAGAGUCAUCGGAGACGACUAGUGGAGAUGGAAGUUCUUGGUCACAUGGCAGCAAAGGUCAAGCUGCUUCUCCUGGACCUAAGGAAGGGAUGGGGAUGCGCCCAUUUCAUGAUCCAGUUGAAGAGGAACAGAUGAGGAUUGCGCUUGGACCGAGUCGCUAUGUAAGAUUGUUCGAAAAUAGCAACGAAUAUGGGUUUUGGACGAUGAGGCAGUGGGGAUUUAGCGGACAUGGAAUUCGUGACUUGUUUAAAAAGAAGGAUUCCGAGAAGAAAAGAACCUUUUGA